AUGUCAUCUUCGAACGGGCAAGCUCCCACGACGACACACAAUGUCGCGUUGACGGAGGAGCAAAUCGAGAUGGCACUCCAUGGAGCCAUACGCGAUGCCACCCAGAAGCAAUACGCGAUCAACCAGAAGCGACGCGAGAUCACUAAGGAGCAACACCAGUUUACGAAAGCUCGACGCAAGGUCGCAAAGCUUCGACGACACCUGGAAGAACGACGAGCAGCAAACUCGGCUGCUUCCGAUCCCUUGCCUCGUGGCAUUAUGGGAAUAUGCCAGGAUCCCGAGACCCUUGCUCGUCACGCCGCAGAGGUUAUGGCUCAACCUGGUGUUGUAGGGGUCACUUUCCACGUUGAGCGGUUCCAGAACGAGACUGAAGCCGAGAGACGUGUCUGA